UGGUACACUGCAAGGAUACCGUGUUAAAAAAUAGGGAAAUAUAUCAGUUUAUCAGCCAGAUAUUUUAAAUGUUGAGUCGUCUACUUCAAUAUAAGACCGCAAUGGGCACUACGAUGAUACACGAGGGAAAUUAAAGAACUGACGAUCCGUGCCACAGCGUCUAACUUGCCGGUUUGCCUUAGCCUGGACAACCUACAACGGCGUUCAUAGCGGUCAACAAGCUAGCCUACAGUAUGUCUUUCCAAAACUGAACCGUGACAGGACAAAACAUGAUCUGUCAGUCAUCUAAGAAUGUAUCAGACAAAUUCAUCAGGCACUUUAUGGUUAUUCACAGUCAACUUAAUGAAGCAUGAAGCCAUAAUCUUCUAAAUAAAUGGAGAUGUAACAGUAGGAUAUCCAAAAUAUAAAAAAAUAUAUAAAAGAUGAUACGAAUUCUGCGGGGUAUACACAGCAUCUUCCUGAAAGUGAUGCUGCUCCCGAGCGCAUUUUGGAAACGAGGUCCGCGUCCCCUGGCUUCCGAGGUGUUGACGUGCCACCUCACUCAACGCAAGCUCCCGCCGUGGACAUCCUUUUGUGUGCGCUACAGUUCCAUACACAACGACCAGUUUGGACGCUCAAACUUCAACUGGCGAGUGCAGGGCGCCAACUACCACAUACUUCGGACGGGAUGCUUCCCCUUUAUCAAGUACCACUGCACCAAAGCGCCUGCUGAGAACUUGGACUUUGAGGACAAAUUCUUUGGCACACUGAAAGUUAUUAAUUUUGGUAUACCUUGCCUGGCCUAUGGGCUGGGGUCGUGGAUGAUGGUCAGUGCAUCAGAAACGGUGCAAACAGCUGCUGGCCCCAUCACUGUGUACUUCCUUUACAAGGAAAGGGAGGGGGCACAGUACUAAUGCUGGUUGUAAACAGUGCUUCGUGUAGUGGACUGUUAUAAACAAUGUCUGUCUGAUGUUCCUUACGUCUGGAGAAAAGCAUUCAUUGUCGUUGUCAGCAUUUCACCUGAGCCAAGGAAUUUGAAGAGAUUAAAGAGUUAUUUAUUCUUGAA